UAUAAAUAUACAGAUAUGGAGAAACAUAGUUUUCAUUAAAACUCUUCAGAAUCUAAAAAAAAGCGUUCAUAUGAAAAGGGGGAUACCAAUUUGUGAACUCGCUCAAAAUAAAACAGAAGGGAUAUCAACAAAUUUCAAUUCAGUUUGAGGCUUUGAACUUCUUCACGACACCACUGUUCCUCAACGGCCAAAUCGAGCUUUAGAGUUAAAGUAGUAAUUUUCAUCGAGUCAAUUACCAAAUCUUUACCUUUCAGUUUCUGGCCAUCUUAAAGGUCGUGACUAAGUUGUUCAUAAGAACGCAGCUUUUGCAGUCUGUAUUGGAACAUUGGGGGAGGACUACAAAUGACUAGCAGACAGAGAAUCCUCGGUGGAGGGGUUCAGCAUUUGUUGGACUAUCUGAGGCGAAUGCACUCCGAAAAUCCGGCAUUCUUCUAUGCUGUUCAAGAUGAUAACGGAUCUUCUAAUGGAAACAUUUUUUGGGCCGAUGCAACUGCCAGGAUGAACUAUCACUAUUUUGGGGACACUAUCAAAUUGGACACUUCCUAUCGAGCUAAUUGCUAUAGCGUACCUUUUGCCACUUUCACUGGUUUAAAUCAUCAUGCCCAGCCUGUUCUCUUUGGCUGUGCUUUGCUUUUCAGCGAGUCUGAGACCUCACUUGUCUGGCUCCUCCAAACUUGGCUUCAAGCAAUGUCUGCACAGAAGCCUGUUUCCAUCACAACUGACACGAAUCAUCUCAUACAGAUGGCUAUUGGUCAUGUUCUGCCAGAAACGCGCCACCGUCUUUGUAAAUGGAGCAUACUUCGAGACACCAAGGAGAAGCUGACCCAUGUAUGUCAAACACAUCCAACCUUUGAAAUUGAAUUUAUGAAGUGCAUCAAUGAAGCAGAGACACUUGAGGAGUUUGAAUCUCAGUGGAAGUCACUCCUAGAAAGAUAUUACCUCAGGGAUAAUGAAUACCUUCAAUCAAUUUAUAUUGCUCGCCACCACUGGGUUCCUGUUUUCAUGCGAGAGACAUUUUUUGGGGAUUUUUUAAGUGAUGAAGACAAUGAUGCCAAAAACACUUUCUUCGAUGGGUUUGUGAAUGCUUCUACCUCUAUCCAGUUAUUAAUUAAAUACUAUGAAAAAGCCAUUACAAUCUGGCAUGAAAAGGAAUUUAAUGCAGAUCUUGACUCUAAUAAUACUACACCAAUUCUAAAGACACCAUCGCCUAUGGAAAAACAAGCAGCUGAUCUCUAUACGAGGAAGGUGUUCAUGAAAUUUCAACAAGAGCUGGUUGAGACCCUUGCAAAUCCUGCAACUAAAAUUGGUGACUCUGGAGCAAUCACAACAUAUCAUGUUGCAAAAUUUGGGGAAGAGCACAAGGCGCACACGGUUAGGUUCAACACACUUGAGUUGACAGCUAACUGUAGCUGUCUAAUGUUUGAAUUUUCAGGUAUAAUUUGUAGACAUGUGUUAUCUGUGUUCAGAACCAAAAAUGUUCUUACGCUUCCUUCCCAAUACAUUUUGAAACGUUGGACAAGAAAUGCCAAGACUGGUGGUGGAGGCACUAUAGAGGAAAAUCCUUUAGAGUUACCUAGCAAUUCACAAGAGUCUUUAACUAUGCGUCAUAAUAGUUUGCGGCAGGAGGCUAUUAAAUUUGUUGAAGAAGGGGCUAAAUCUAUUCAUAGUUAUAAUGUCGCAAUGAAUGCUCUGAAAGAGGCUGCAAAAAAGGUUUCUGCUGCAAAGAAGAAAAACACUGACAAAACUCAGGUGACCAACAUGGUAAAUGGAUGCAAUCAAGGAGUGGAUGAAGGAGAUAUUGAUCAAGCAGAUUCAGGUCAAUCCAAGGAAGAGAAGGAACAAAAGAUUCGUGAAUUGACUGCCAAGUUAGAUUGCAUAAAUCAACGCUCUGAAAUUUAUCGUGCCAAUCUAUUAGCAGUUUUGAAAGACAUGGAGGAGCAGAAAUUAAAGCUAUCUGUGAAAGUGCAGAAUGCACGACUUAGCUUAAAAGAGUGACUUCUUUCAUUUUCUCGUUUCAAUGCAGGAGAAUGCUUGAAAGUUUUCUCUCACAUUUUGAAGUUAGCUCUCAUUCAGUCAUUGAUGAGAGUCAAGAAGAUGAAAUGUAUAUAGCCAGAAUCUAGCUAGCAUUUUUUUCCAGCAAGAUUCUUGCAAGUAGGACGAGGGAGACUCCUGAUUGCUAUAAUAUAAAGGUUGCGAAUAAGAAAUUAUCAUUUUUUCUCGUUCAUGCGUCUUUCUAAUUUAACCUAAGAUGCUAUAAUAUGCACAAAUUUACUCUUGCAUUUGUUUGACACACUUUCAGAAACGGUAAUCCUAUCAUCAUUCAGGACUAUGAAGAACUUUUUAUUUUCUUUUUC